AUGGCGCCGACAGACGACCUCAAAGUGCAUGCAACAUCAUCACAAGACUUCUAUGCCCUCCUCGACAUAUCGCCCGCAUCCGCCGAAAAUGAGAUCCGACGCGCAUAUCGUCGCACAGCACUAAAAUACCAUCCAGACAAGAUCUCAAACCCGACACCGGCGGACAUUGAUAAGUUCCAUUUACUACAGAUUGCCUACGAUGUGCUCUCAGAUCCUACUGUGCGCCAGCUGUACGACAAUGCGCGCGAGGCGAGGGAGCGCAAGAGGCGCGAGGUGGAGAUGAUGGAUGCGGCGAAGAGGAAGAUGAAAGAGGACUUGGAGGCCAGGGAACGUGCAGGAGAUGCAGGUAUAUUAGGGGGACAACAGCGAGGCGUCAAGAGGACGUGGAUGAUGUCUUCUGCGACUGAUAACGAGGAAGAGGAAAAAUUGGAAAGGGAGAUUCAGCGCAUAGCUGAGAACUCGCAGCGAAGACGUCGCGAGGCCGAGGAGAAAUUGAUGAGGGAGGCAGAAAAAGAAAAGGAGGAAGAAGAAGGUGCACAAGAACGCGUAGAGGAAGAGGAAGAGAGGCAACGAGCAAACCGACCGAAAGAAAAAGGCGGCGGUACGAAUGUUCCAGAGUUAGAGAGGGCAAUCAAAGUACGCUGGAUCCGCGAAGGACUUGGGGCAGAGUUUGAUAAGGAACGAUUGGCUGCACUUUUUGCGUCGUUUGGCAAGGUGGAGAAUACAUUUAUGCUCAAGGAUAAACGACAGCGACUGGGCGAGAAGAAGGAGAAAAAGACGGUUGCUACUGGCGUGGUGGUUUUUACAUCGAUUGUCAGUGCCCAUUCAGCUGUUCUCGAUAGCGAGAAGAAGAAAAGGACUGGUCAGGGUGAUUGGGCCAUACUCGACUCGGUGUUUUGGGCGUCAGGAAACGGACCUGACUUGGAAUCAAGUCAAUCGACGCAAGCGCAAGCACAACCCCAAGCCCAAUCUACAACAGCGUCUACAUCUACUCCAAAGCCAGCCUUUGACUUUGCCAGUCUGAAGAAAGACCGGGGGACACCAGCAAUGAAGAAAGAUGCCGGAAAACCCUCGUUUACUUCAUUUGCAGGGGCGGCAAACGCAAAGCCAUCCUUUGGCAGCGCCAAUACCAACAACAGAACACCGGGGUUGACGACGCCGAGCCUGGAAGAGGUCACGCUCAUGCGACUGAAGAACGCACAGCGCGAAAAGGAACGCAAAGCCUUGGAGGAGCAGCUACGGAGAGAAGACGAGGCCGCUGAUGCGGCUGUCUAG